UUCCCAGUCCGCUCGGCCACCAGCUUUGACCGCCCCCUCCGCUCCCCUCCGCUCCUGCUCCUCCCCAUCCCACUCCCCCGCAGGAGCGGCGGCGGCGGCGGCUAGGCGUGUCCCCCACCUCCCGAGCGGCACCCGCGGCGGCAAAGGCAAGAUGUUCGGGCGCGCGCCGAAGAAGAGCGACAACACCAAGUACUACGAGAUCCUCGGGGUGCCCAAGUCCGCGUCCCAGGACGACCUCAAGAAGGCAUACCGCAAGGCCGCCAUCAAGAACCACCCAGACAAGGGCGGCGACCCCGAGAAGUUCAAGGAGCUUGCACAAGCAUAUGAGGUUUUGAGUGACCCAGAGAAGCGUGAGAUUUAUGAUCAGUAUGGUGAAGAUGCCCUCAAGGAAGGAAUGGGUGGAGGAGGAGCCCAUGUAGAUCCAUUUGACAUCUUCUCAUCAUUCUUUGGACCCUCUUUUGGAGGAGGUGGUGGCAGCAGCAGAGGCAGAAGGCAAAGGAGGGGUGAAGAUGUUGUGCAUCCACUUAAAGUUUCUCUAGAAGAUCUUUACAAUGGUACCUCGAAGAAGCUCUCGCUUUCGCGUAGUGUCAUCUGCUUGAAGUGCAAGGGCAAGGGCUCCAAGUCUGGUGCUUCAAUGAGGUGCCCAGGUUGCCAGGGUUCAGGUAUGAAGGUCACCAUCCGCCAGCUGGGUCCUUCCAUGAUACAGCAGAUGCAGACGGCUUGCAAUGAGUGCAAGGGGACUGGAGAGAGCAUCAACGAGAAGGAUCGCUGCCCAGGGUGCAAGGGUGAGAAGGUUGUUCAGGAGAAGAAGGUUCUGGAAGUUCACGUUGAGAAGGGGAUGCAGCACAACCAGAAGAUCACUUUCCCUGGUGAAGCUGAUGAAGCGCCUGAUACUGUCACCGGAGACAUUGUAUUCGUCCUCCAGCAGAAGGAUCACUCCAAAUUCAAGAGAAAGGGCGAUGAUCUCUUUUAUGAGCACACCUUGUCUCUGACUGAGGCUCUCUGCGGGUUCCAAUUUGUUCUUACACAUCUGGACAACAGGCAGCUUCUCAUCAAGUCAAACCCUGGUGAAGUUGUUAAGCCUGACCAAUUCAAGGCGAUAAAUGACGAGGGGAUGCCAAUGUACCAGAGGCCUUUCAUGAAGGGGAAGCUUUACAUUCACUUCACGGUAGAGUUCCCAGACUCGCUGGCACCAGAGCAGUGCAAGGCUCUUGAGGCAGUACUUCCACCGAAGCCUACAUCCAAGCUGACAGACAUGGAGAUAGACGAGUGCGAGGAGACCACUAUGCAUGAUGUGAACAACAUCGAGGAAGAGAUGCGCAGGAAGCAAGCUCAGGCUGCCCAGGAGGCAUAUGAGGAGGAUGAUGAGAUGCCUGGAGGAGCCCAAAGAGUUCAAUGUGCACAACAGUAAGCAGAGCGUAUCAUCAAGGGACUUUGCAGCACUGCACACGUGAAGUAAUUCUGCAAGGUUUGCGGUGGGCUUUUGGACCCCGUGUGAUCUCUCGUUUUGUUGUCGGAGUUAUGAAACAGAGGAAGCUGAUUCUGAUUCUACCCCGUUGGGGGCAGGGAAUGUAUCCUUUUUGCUGCAACUGAAAAAUGCUACCCAGGCGUAGCUGGCUACUUUUAACUGUUUUGUGAGACUUGGUAGGGUGCUUUUCUAUAUAGGCAACUUAAUGUUUGUUGCGUGCUACAGUAUGACAACGCACAUUUGAAUUUUGAAUGACUCAAGUAUCUUAUAUCGAACUAGAUGCUCUUAAUCGUGUGACAAA